AUGCUAACGGCUUUAAAUCCAAAUCUUGAAUCUGAAAGCCUCUUAGGACUUUUGACUCACGUCGGUGAAAACUAUUUCAACGAUUGCAGUACGACGGUAAUUUUGUACGACGAUGCGUUCGAAACAAGAUACGGAACAGUGUUGGAAGAAUUUUUGAAAAAUCUCCCAUCAACUUACGUGAAGAAGCGAGUGAAACUGACCGACGAUUUUCUACACGCUCUCGAAGCCUGCCGGAAUCACAUUUUGUUUUUGGAGAACUUAAACAACGUACGAAAUGCGUUAGAGCAACAAAGCGACGGAAAGGUUGUCGUAGUUACCGGUGCAUCCACCUGGGAUGUUCUCGAGUUUUUAAAAAGCCCGGUUUCAAGGUUAUACAAAAAUUUAUUAAUUAUCGCACGCAGCACGAGCAGAACAGCCAAGGAGGGAUCGUUUGUGCUUUACACGCACGAAUUGUACAGCGAUGGAAUUGGAUCAAGUCGCCCUGUGAUACUAACUUCAUGGAUCAAGGAUCGUUUGACGAAGCCUGAAAAAGUUCUAUUCCCACAGAAAUUGGAGUCUGGAUUUAAUGGUCAUAGAUUCCGCGUAUCAGCUAUGCAUAAGCCUCCCUUCGCAUUUCGACGGGUAACUCCGUCUACCGAUACUGUCCAGUGGGACGGUGUGGACAUCAGAGUGAUAAGGCUACUGAGCAAGAUAUUAAAUUUCACAAUCGACGUUCGAGAUCCUACACCUAGGGAUUCACUAAGCCCCGUCAACGCAGUUAUGCGGGAUAUUUCUUCGGGUAAAGCAUCAAUGGGUUUGGGUGGUUUGUACAGAUCAGUCGACCUGAUGAGAGGUUUCGACACGAUGUACCCUCACACUCACGAUUGCGCUGCAUUCAUAUCAUUAACCUCUACCGCAUUGCCAAAAUACCGAGCGGUUUUGGGACCGUUUCGUCAGUCGGUUUGGGUCACCCUGAUAUUCGCAUAUCUUGGAGCAAUCAUACCUUUGACGCUGAGCAGCAAGAGUAAUUUACUAAGGCUCGUGACGCGGCCUAAAGAAUUGAUGGAAAUGUUCUGGUUCGUCUUUAGCACGUUUACAAAUUGCUUCACCAUCAGAAGUCCCCUUGUUUACGAGGGACUCGCACAAAAUGCAUCUGCGAUUCUGAUCGGUCUUUACUGGGUAUUUACGAUAAUUAUAACAUCGUGCUACACCAGUUCGAUUAUUGCCUUUAUAACGAUUCCCGCAUAUCCAGCCGCCAUCGAAACGAGCGAUCAGCUUCUUUACUAUCGAUAUCGCGUGGGAACUCUGGAUCACGACGGUUGGGAGUACUUUUUCAAGAACAGCAGUGAUCCGAAUAUAGUGAAGCUAUUAAAGAAUUUAGAAUUGGUACCGACGCUUGCGGAGGGUAUACGAAACGCCAGUCGAGCCUAUUUUUGGCCCUACGCUUUACUCGGCUCAAGAGCAAUGCUUGAGUACAUUGUACAAGCGGAUUUUGCCCCAAACUGGAAAACAAAACGAUCAUUGAUGCACAUAAGUCGCGAAUGCUUCGUGCAAUUCGGGGUCACUAUAGCCUUUCCGAAGGACUCAACGUACACGGAAUCGAUGAGCAAAGUCGCUCAACGAGCUAAUCAGGCUGGACUCGUGCAGAAAAUAACGUCUGAUGUUAAAUGGGACGUUCAACGAUCAUCUACUGGUAAACUUUUGCAAGUCAGUACUGAGAAAACAUUGCAUAUACCGUCAACGGAAGAGCGACAGUUGACGCUGGAUGACAUUCAGGGUAUGUUUAUAGUUCUGGGAUCAGGCGUCCUGAUAUCGCUACUUCUUUUAAUCCUUGAAUGCAUCUACCGAAAAUUAAGCAAGGGCUGUAGUGCUAAGUCCAGAAGCCGAAACGCCAGCGAAACGGACGCGAAAUCAAACGAUGACUUAUCUUACGGAGUCCAGAAUUACGGAAUCGACGAUUAUCCGUUGGAAUACGAAAUUCAAAACGUCACGAGAUAUUUUAGAAACAGCAUUUAAAUUGAAUGUAAUUUUCUAAUACAAUCAGUUAUUCCUAUAGUAUUAUUUUAUAUUGUCAAGAAUCAAUGAAAACUGA